CGAUUUGAUUGUAUUAAUUUUAUUGCAUGUCCAGAUGGCGUUACAGACCGCUUUUAUUGUUUUAGGCCGUUGGCCCUCUAAUUGUUGCAUAGAGGGCAGGCCUGUAGUCAUUGAGUUUUAGGCCUGAAAUUACGGCCGUUUAGUAAUCGUCUGUAGCUGUCAGUUGACAUAUUGCGUCUUGACUUUUACUCUUCUUUGAUGUGAAUCUUUUGUGCUUUUCCGUGGUUUUUAAAGGGUAACUUAAUGUUUUAAUUGUUUGUUGAAUUCCCCUUUUAUAUAUUUGUUAAUUUUAAAGAUAAGGAUUGCCCGGAAUUUCAUGUUGCCUGUCUGUAGACUUGAAUUGAGGUGCAUGAGAAGCACAUGUGGAAUUGACACUAUUUGUCUUCCCAUUGAGUUGAAAAGGCCUGCGUUGCAGGAUUGAGUAUUGACUCACCCAAGCCUGGUCACUUCCAGGUAUUCGUAAAGUGUUGUUCAUGUGAUUUGUGUCAUUAUCUUAAUUGUAUUUGUAUCGUAUAGGAUUGGUGAUAGCUUUUGAAUUGUUGUUUUGACACAGUGUGCCUUACACACACACUUUGACGUGUUUUGAAGUGAAAUACAGUCCACUUCCUACCACCGAGCUACCAUCUGGUCCUUCGAACCGGAGCUUUGAAUCAAAAUUGAAUUGACCUUAGACUGACCUUGAUUCGAAGCCUUGAUUGAAAAUGGCCAACCCUCCAGUAUCAACAUGGACAUUGGAUGCCUGCAAAGGACGACAAAAGGUUGUCCGUUCCCGCAUCACUGGCUGUCACACUCGCAUCAACCACAUCGUGACAACUGGUUUAUCUCGUCGUGAUGCUGAGAAGCUUCUAGCUGACGCAAGAGUCCUUUUGGGCGAAUUGGAAACGAUUCACGAUCGCGUUAUCGAGUUGGUAGACGACAACGACGUCUUGACCCAACAAAAUAAUCAACAUCAGCUGUAUGCCCAAACCAUCGACAAAUGCUCAGCUUUAGUGGAAGAUUAUCUGCUCCUACGCCGAGACGACGCUUCAUCAGUUGCUGUCGAGACCCCAGACCAGAUUGCACGUCGACAGGCAUUGGAGACCGCAUAUCAGCGUCUACGAGAUGCCCGAGCAGAAGUCGCAGCUGCUGAACAGGCCAUCAUUGAUCUAGGAGGAGAUGUUUUGCCUACAGACGGAUCGGAGUUGAACCCAUCCGACUCCGCGUCGAACGUCGGUGACAAGCCGACCAAGAAGAUUGAAUUUUAUCCAGCGGAAGCCCCUGAUGCUUGGAUUGAUACGUAUCUAGCCGGAAAGGAGAGACCGAUUGUUCGUGAGAAGGGAGCCAAAUCUUCGGUCAACGUUCAGCUGGAGGUUUAUACGGGCCGCGCACUUGAUUGGUUCUCUUGGAUAAGUAUGUGGUUCGCGCUGGUCCACAUUACGAGCAAGACUCCGAGCGAGAAGCUGGCCAUAUUGAAAAAUUAUUUGAAGGGCGACCUAGCUGACAUCGUACAUGGCCAUGGAGGAGGGGAAGCUGGAUACAAGGAGGUUCUACAGCGAUUGAAGAGCACGUGCGGGAGUCGGAAGGUGAUUCGAGCGGCCCAUCUGCGGGAAUUGGAUCGGAUGGAGGCGCCGCGUAAUGACCCGCAGUCUUUCAAACGCUUUUCAGAACGUGUGCGAACUCAUCUCUUCAACCUGUCGGUGAUUGGUGAGACGGGCCACGUUGACAUCAUCGAGAGACUGUCCCUCAAGCUGCAGCUUACCGAUCGUUUGGCCUGGAACAAUGGACGGGGAGGCGAAAUCGAUAAUCGGAACAUCAACGAUUUUGGCCGCUGGUUGACGGCUAGAGCAACGGACUAUCAGAAUGCUUAUGCAAUUGCGGAUGACCAGCAACGGCCGGCGAACGGAGGAAAUAGGAACGACCGCCCACAACAAGCCCAGGUGCCAAAUAGAUUCCAGCAACCACAGCAGCAGAGAAGAAGUGCACGCACUUAUCAUGGAGCAUCAAGCUCCCAGAAGAAUCAUGGCUCGACUGAGCAGAAAGAGAAGAAACCGACUGAACCACACUGCUUUAAAUGUGAAGGAUCGCACCGCCUUGAAGACUGUACCUUUUUCAAGGACCUUCCCAUCAGUGAUAGACUGACCUUUACACAACGUCGAGGAUUGUGUUAUGGCUGCUUCGGCGUCCGGCAUGGCUUCAUGAAUUGCACACUCAAGAAGGAGUGUGGCAUCGACGGAUGUAAGCUGUCCCAUCACAAACUUCUCCACAAGGAGAAUGGUCCGGUAGAAAGGAAUGCCCGGCCUCACACUCUACGUUCCGACCGACGACAAAUUGCUUUCAAGAUGCUCCGCCUGGACGCGCUCGACGCCGACGGGGAGAUGGUGCCUGUGAACAUUUUGAUGGAUGAUGGAAGCGAUUCAACUCUCAUUCGCGAGGGGCUGACGCGUCGACUCCGGCUUACUGGCCAGCGGCAGACCUUAUUUGUAGGUGGCGUCGGUGAAGAAUCUUCCGUCCAUGUAAAUUCAGAGUACCUGGAGUUGCAGUUAAGGACGUCGGCGGGAGAAACAGUGUCGAUCCAGGGAUCUACUAUCCCCUCCAUCACCAAGCCAGUACCGGUUAUGGAGUGGGAGAAACUACGUGGACGAUGGAGCCAUAUGGAAGACUUGCCGCCGCUUCGAGACUGUGGUGGACGUGUCGACAUAUUGAUUGGCUUGGACCAUGCCGCACUUAUCACAGCGAGUGAAUCUCGAUUCGGAAAAGAUGACGAGCCGACCGCUUCCAAGACUAGACUGGGAUGGACACUGCAAGGAGCGGUAGCGACCAGUGGUGGACCCGAUAUUGUCCGGAUUCAUCAUGUGCAGACCUCAGCUGAUUCCACUCUUCAACUCGCCGAACAGGUCCGACGGUUUUGUGAUACGGAGUCAUUUGGCACCGAAUUCCAAUCGGAAUGCAUGUCGGCUGAACAUCGGAGGGCGGUGACCAAAUUGGAAGCGGAGACUGAAAAGCUGGACGUAGGAUAUGCAGCCCCGGUUCUUUGGAUUGACGACAUCCCUCCUGAGAUUCCCGAUAGCCGCCGCACGGCGGAAUUAAGAAUGAAGAGUAUGCAGAAUAAAUUUGCCCGCGAAUCAGGAGACUACGAGACCUACUACCGUGCAGCCAUGGAGAAAAACUUUAGCGAAGGCUACGCUAGACGGCUCACGCCGGAAGAAAUCCAGCAGAGCCCGACGAAGUAUUUUCUCCCGCACUUUGGAGUGCCAAAGAAGGCUGGGCGGCCUGAGUUACGUCUCGUAUUCGAUGCUGCUGCAAAGUCGAACGGCAAAUGUUUAAAUGACUUUGUCACCAGUGGUCCGGCGCUGCAGAACCCCUUACCGGCCGUGUUGAUCCGUUUCCGGGAAGGAGAGAUUGGCUGGUCAGCCGAUAUUGGCGCAAUGUUUAGCCGGAUUCGUUUGAAGGAUGCUGACCGUCCGUACCACCGAUUCCUAUGGCCCGAAGUGGAUGGAACCAUAUCGACAUGUGAGAUGACCAGAGUGACUUUCGGUGUAACGUGCUCGCCCUACGUCGCCAUACGAACCACUUGGCGCGCAGCAGACGAUGCUGGACCGGAAAUGAAGGAGGCGGCCGAUGACGUGCGAGAAGACAUCUACGUCGACGAUUACCUGGCCUCGACUAGCAGACUUGAGGAUGCCGUAAGGAGAGCCACCGGUGUAAAUAAGGUCCUAGCAGACGGCGAUUUCCACCUGGGGCACUGGGUGUCCAAUAGCAGCCAGCUUUUAUCAGCAGUCCAGCCGGAUUCGGACAAUGGGACCACUGUCAAGACCCAAGUGCGCAGCAUUAGUGAUGACCCAGAGUUGAUCCUUGGAAUUGUGUGGAAUCCUUCGACUGAUCAUCUGGGAUUCCGAGUGAAAGUGUCCAGUGUGAAUUACACCAGAGUGGGGUUACUUGCCCAAGUGGCUGGUUUGUUCGAUCCCUUGGGCACGGCCGCCCCGAUGACUGUUAAAGCCAAGAUUAAAUUGCGGGAAUUGGGCGUGAAAGGACUUCAGUGGGAAGAUUAAGUGGUUGGUGACGAA